AUGGCUCCGGAGGGCGCGCGGCUCUUCUCGUGGGCGCUCGCCCUGUUCGCCCUGCUCGCCACGCUGCUGGCCGUCUUGCUCGCCCGCUUGCUGCUCGACCAGUACUGGAAAUACAUGGAGCUGAAGUCCAUCCCGGGAUUCAGUCCCUGGUACCCACUGCUGGGCAACGCGCUUCUCUUUGAACGCGAUGGGGAAGGUAAAAGGCUGGUGCUAGGUGGCGAAGCGCCCUCUCCCUCCUGCUGCCAAAGGCAAGCGCGCAGAGCGCGCGCGCAGUUUUCCCAGGCGGGUGGGGACACACAGAGAGAGAGGGCAACGCGACGCAUCUGGGACAGGCACAAAUAGGAGGCGUUGUGAAGCAGCCGCCCUCCGCCUCCCAGACGGAUCUCCUUGCUUGCGGUGGUUGUUUUGGGACCUUGCUUUUCGUUUUAUCGCCUCAUUUCAGCACUGUACAAUACAAACAUUAUUUAUUUGUUUAGCGAGAACAGAAGAUAAGAUGAGUACAACACAUUUUUAAAAAUAUAUAUAUAUUCACAGUUAAAAUGAUGAUCAGAAACAUUUUGUCAGAUAAGAGUUUGCUCCCCUGAAGAAUUUAACUUAUCACCCCGACAAACUAAAACUACCUCUCUAAAGACAAAACUGGCCACUUUUUCAGAGGUGUAGCGGGACCUGUGCCCCCAAUAAAAGGUUAAUCUAAUAAUCAAUCUCUCACUACCCAUCAAUCGUGUGGAGCCCCUUUGUAUGGAAUCACCUAUUAAAGGGGCUCAUUUACAUGGUCAGACUGAGUUCUAAGCAAAUCUAAAUAUACUCUUAGAUGGGAAUGAUUGAGCAUGCUACAUAAAUUAAAACUUUACUUGAAAGUGGGAGGCUGAAACCAGCUCCUUGUCUGAAUUUUGGAAGAGGAGUCUAUUGUGGUGUGGCUUUUGAUCUUAGUUUAGACUAUGCAAUAAAUUUGUUAGAACAAGUAGCCUAGAGGUGGGAUCACUGAAUUUAUCCUGUUCAAACCAGAUGCAUGUCUUCUCAGCCUUCUUUCGGCAGAUGAUGAAUUACUUCGAAGACUUACGGAAUGUCCCACUGCUACAGCUUUGGGUAGGACCACUGCCCUAUGUCAUCUUAUAUCAUCCAGACACUAUAGAGGUGAGUCUGUCAUGCUUAGUUUUCUCUGCAGGGCUGGAGAACUCACCACCACCAAAGGCCCUGUUCUCUUGGGUUUAGAAUGCCUAAUGGGUGGUGCUGUAGCAGGUGGUGGACAGGGGUAAAGUGUAAGUCAAAAAUGUAGGAGGAGCAGAGCCAACCAAAAAUAUGGCAAUCAAGAGGUGGGGUCACAGUGGGAGUCAUUCCCCUUCCUGCUGUUUUGUGUGUGUGGUGCACAGUGCUUUGGUCAAUACGAUUUCCCAUGGUCAGAGUGCAGGGCUUCAGGGCCCUGUAGAGGUCCUUACCAUUUUGAUGUCAGGAUCUGGCAUGCCUUGGGACAUAAUCAAACUCGGGGAAACUAAACAGAAAGCAAAUGAGCUGCUACCUACAUUGCAAACAGCUUAGGGGGAUUUGUGGUCAAGUCUGCUAAAACACUAGCCAUCACUUUGAACUCAAAUAUAUUUUAAAUUUUCUCUCUCUUUGGCAGGUUGUUUUGAGUAGCUCUAAGCAUAUUACUAAAUCCCGUCCUUACAAGUUUCUGCAUCCUUGGCUAGGCAAAGGACUUCUAACGAGGUAAAGGAAAAAGCACCCCGGGAAUGUGGUUGGGAAUGUGGUUGGGACUUUUGGAACACAGCAUAGGUGGCAUGUCCAGUACUGGAUGAACAAUGAAUCUUGUUCACAAGUUUCACCAUACACAUAUAAUGAAUGAGUGAAGGAGGAAGUGGAGAUGAAGUCAUAGGUAAAGGUAAAGGGACCCCUGACCAUUAGGUCCAGUUGUGACCGACUCUGGGGUUGCGGCGCUCAUCUCGCUUUAUUGGCCGAGGGAGCCGGCGUACAGCUUCCGGGUCAUGUGGCCAGCAUGACUAAGCCGCUUCUGGCGAACCAGAGCAGCACACAGAAACGCCGUUUACCUUCCCGCUGGAGCGGUACCUAUUUAUCUACUUGCACUUUGACGUGCUUUCGAACUGCUAGGUUGGCAGGAGCCCCAGGGACCGAGCAAUGGGAGCUCACCUCGUCGUGGGGAUUCGAACUGCCGACCUUCUGAUUGGCAAAUCCUAGGCUCUGUGGUUUAACCCACAGCACCACCUGCGUCCCAAGUCAGGCACACCUGAAAUCCAUCCCACUGCACUUCCAGGGAGGCGCCUCGGUAAUGGCGGAAUUCCUCUGACCGGGAGGAAUCUGCUCCAUGGGAAUCUGGGUCUGGCCGCCACGGCGAAGGCGGAGACCCGUUAAAAUCACAGGCGGGAGAAGCCUGUGAAUGUGGGAUUCAGCGGGCACCUUUUGCGCCUCCCCCACUCGCGGGGAACCCCGGUUUUGGGGGCUCCGGAGCGACGUGGGGUGAGCGGUGCGGUGCAUCGAAUCGUCUGCUUCUUCCACGGAGCGAAGCCGCAUAGCUGUUGCCGGAGAGCGCUGACCUUUUCCUGUGGACAAUUUGACUUUAAAGUAAUUACCCGUGAGUAGAGCUGAAGCGGAAGAAUUGGCUUUCUAAAUGUUUAAUUUGGUACCGUAACGGGGAGGUUCAAAACAGGAAGUCCGCCUCCCUCUUUUGUAAAUAGACUGAGGCAAUGAAGUUGCAAGCUGGAGUCCUGGAAGGUCUUUUGUAAAAGAUCAAAUUUCCAACGGUAAAGAACAUUAAACCCCCUCUUGGAGGCAGGAGAAGAGAGGGGGAAGUUGCGGAUUGAGUAUGCCUGCGGGAGAGAGUGGAGAGACUUAAAACACCGCCGCUCUGACCCUGGGAACGGGCUGCUAGUAGGACUGACGUCUUUUGGAAUGUUCAUUGACAGCGUUUAGAACGUUCAUUGACAGCUAGUUAAGUAAGAGAAAUACAUUGUUUCUACUGUCUCCAGCUGCCUUAAAAAGGAGUAAAAGUAACUGAAAAUUGAAACUAAUUUGAAACUAACUUUGGAUUGUUUAAAAGAGGAUACUAUUGACUAUUACAAAUAGAAACUGUUUCCCCCUAGUGGAAGCCUUUGAAACCGAUUGCUUUACAAGAGCUGGACUAGGGGAAUUUCCAGCUGCAAGUUAAAAACCGUGAGACUCUGGAACUGACCUUGAAUCUUUUAAGUGUUAUGGUAAAUGGAAGAGGAAAAACAGACCAGUCAACUGCUGACAAAACAUUAAAGUCUGGGAGGACUGGGUAACAAUCCAGGAGAGGUCUAUCAUUAAGCCCUCCUGUUCUUUCUGUUGCUGUUUUUGUACUAGUAUAUUCAAAACUAAGAGGAAUGUCGACAGAAGAGGCUUUAGUGGCUGCAUUAUAUAAGAUAAAUGACUCAUUGGAUCAGCUUCACAGGAAAAUGGACACGAUAAAUGCGAAAGUGGAUCUUUCAAUUGUGAAGAUUGACUUGAGUGCAGAAAGUAUAAAUAAUACCAAUGCAGAAACAACCCAGAAAUUGAUGCAGGAACCUAUUUUGAUAUGGCAAACUGUGGAGGAAGUCAGGGAAAAAGCUGUUGCUGCUGAAGGUAAAGUAACACAACUGGAGAGAAAGAGAAAGAGAGCCCCAGCCCUACAGAGGCAAUUUGAUGAACACAAGUUGACGCUUGCUAUGACUGAACUUAAAGAAAAACAGACAAAUUUGAGGAUUAGAGUUCACUUUUGGUGGACAUGCCCAAGGAUUAAGACACUCUGGGAGAUGAUUCAUAACGAAAUGAAAAAGGUAUUUAAAUAUACCCUUUUGAAGAAACCAGAGGCCUUUCUCCUGGGCAUGGUCGGCCAAUUGGUGUUAAAGAAGGAUAGAAUUUGUUUCAUGUAUGCAACAAUAGCAGCAAGAAUACUCAUUGUGAAGUACUGGAAGACACAAGAUUUAUCCAUUCGGGAAGAAUGGCAGAUGAAGUUGAUGGACUAUACGGAAUUGGCGGAAACGACUGGCAGAAAUCUGAGACCAGGGAGAAGAGCUGGCGGAAGAAGACUGGAAAAAGUUUAAGACUAUUUAUAGAAAUACUGUAAAAAUAAUGAAUGCUAGAAAAAUGUUGGAAUGAAGUUAUAUGGCUUUAGUAGAAAUGUUAUAAGGAAUCAAGUAUAAAUAGAUUAAUAGUGUAUUAAAGGGAAAAUAAGGCUAGAAUAUGUUAAGAUAAUUAUAGGAUAGAAAACAGAGGAAGAUGGAAAGGAAUUGCUGAAAUAAUUAAUAGAAGUGGAAAACAAAAAGGGAGGUGUGAGGAGGUCGUGGAAAUAAGGGAAUGAAAGAUAAGACAUUGAAAUUGUUCUGUGUUUGAAAUGGUUUGUGUCUUGCUUUUUUAGCUUUAUGUUUUUCUUUUUUUUCUUUUUUUGUUCUUUCUUUUUUUUGUCUCUCUGUUGUGUUUAAAUGGUUGAAAAUUAAUAAAUAUUAUUUUUUUUAAAAAAGAAAUCCAUCCCACUGCCCACUCUCUACCUGCAUGUGUGCUAAUGAAAAGAGCCAUUCCUUGUGUAUAGAGGCGUCUAUUGUAGAUGGGCGGCCCCUUUCAGAUACUCAGCUGUGUGUGUGGACUUUUGGUGCAGUCCUGCUCUAUUUCUCCUGUUCAGUACCUCUGUAACCUAAUAAAAUGGCCAGCUGGGGGCAAGCGGGGGUGGGAUGGAGUGUCUGGAAAGCUGUUCCAGGUCCUGCUUGAAAGCAUUGCAUGUAUUUUGCUUUGAGAUUUGUUUGUGUAGAGAAAGAUAAUGUUUAAGUUUUUCUUCCACAGCACUGGGGGCAAAUGGCGGUCCCGAAGGAAAAUGUUAACGCCCACCUUCCAUUUCACCAUUUUAGAAGAUUUCCUCGAGGUGAUGAAUGAACAAGCCAAUAUCCUUGUUCAGAAACUUGAAAAGCAUGUGGACAAGGAGCCGUUUAAUUGCUUUUUCUACAUCACAUUGUGUGCCCUUGAUGUAAUCUGUGGUAAGUGCUGUGGUUGCUGUCAAAGUGUUGCAAUAAAUGAGGUUUAAACAUCCCUCUCAAUUUCUGGAGGAAUUUACUUUUUUGUGAGGCCUGAACAGAAGAGUUGUUUGUCAUCUAUAUUGAGCACAUUCCAUUUUUUAAUUUUUUAAAAAAUCAUAAAUUCAUAGAACUGGAGAGUUGGCAGAUACCCCAACUGUCAUCUAGUCCAAUCCCCUGCAAUGAAGGAAUCACAGCUAAAGAAUCAUUGACAGAUGGCCACCCAACCUCCAGUGAAGAAGAGUCCACAACCUUUAAUGGAAUGCAGGAGCAGGAUUCUUUAACUGAUUUUUAUUUCCUUUGUUCCUAGAAACAGCUAUGGGCAAGAGCAUAGGAGCACAACACAAUAAGGAUUCAGAAUAUGUCAGAGCUAUCUACAGGUAGGUGCCAAUGUGAUUAUUCUAGCAGCAGGGACGGGGAACCUGUAGUCUGCCAAAGGUCCGAGAUGCUGGUGGCCAGAGUCAAACAGCAUCAGGAGAGCCACAGGUUCCCCAUCUCUGCAGCAGAGACUUGAUCUGCAAAUACUUUUACAAGGGGCUAGAUGGAAAAAAGACUCUUUCCCUUCCACAAUGCAGAUAGCCUUUAGCUUGAACUUGACUGUCUGCAUGAUAAAUUUGCAAAGGCCUGCUUUGCAUGAUCUUCAUCCCCACCCACCUUUUGGGAAGCAGAUUGCACAGUCGGACCUCUAUAUGGGAUUAUGUAGACGCCCUGCUCAGUGGAGGAGCUGAGCACUGCCCCAGUUCUAUGUCAUGAACUGGAACUCUGAUUAUCUGUUUCACGUGUCAUCCAUAUUUCUCUGCCUUUCUACACGACACUCAACUUUGCUCAGCCUAGUAGCAAGAAAUCUGGGCUCUUUGCUGUACUUCUCAUCACUUUCCUGGAGAUAUACCCAGCCUUGUUGCUUGUUACCCUAGGAUGAGUGUUCUGAUUCAAGAAAGACAGAAGUCUCCUUGGCUCUGGCCUGACUUGCUGUAUCAUAUGUCCAGAGAUGGAAGAGAACAUUACAGGAACCUGAAGAUACUCCACAGCUUUACUGAUAAUGUAAGCUGCUGAGUUUUCUCUUUUUGCAUUAUAUUUCAUAGACACAGAUACUAAAGUGUGUUCUGCUAAGAUUCACAGUGGUGCCCCCUGCCCCAGACUCCAGAGCCCUGUUCAAGGCUUGUUAGCCUUGGCAUGUGUGGGCAAAAGUUUGCAAAGGGACACGUUGGGCCAGCCCCCAACAUUGCUGAUAGUACCCCCUCCAUUCCCAAUCUUCGUGCAUUUAGAGCAAAAAUCUAAUGAAGGCUUGCAGGUGUAUUUUCCUAAACUCACUUUCAAGACUCCUGGAAUUUGGAAUCCCACAUUCAGGCUACCUAAUGGAUCUCAUGGCUGAGUCAGGAUUCAAACUCAAGCCUGAGACCAGCACUAACUACAAUGCCUCACUGUCACCAUUUUGUUAUUGCUGGUACAUCAAGUGUGUCUUCAUAGCCAGGGACAUAGCUAAGUCCAACAGAGAUAGCUGAUAGUUUUAUUUGGCACUGCAGGGACUGCACACAUUGGAUUAUGCAACCUGAGAAAUGAAUGGCUUUUUUUGUUUUUAUUAUCUAAGGUCAUUGCAGAAAAAGCUCAAGAACUAAAAAACCAGGAGAAGCAUAGAAGCGAUGCUGUCAGCAAUGGUGAGCAAAGCAGGCGUAAAGUCAGGAGAGCUUUUCUCGAUAUGCUUCUGAAUGCCACUGAUGACGAUGGGAAGAAGUUGAGCUACCUGGACAUUCGAGAGGAAGUGGAUACAUUCAUGUUUGAGGUAGACAAGGGUGCUGUAGGAGAGUGGUGGUUAAGGAUGCAAUCCCAUUGAACUGAAUGAGCCUUAUUUCCAAUUAGACAUGUUAGAAGGAUUGCAUUGUAAGAGAAAGGAAGGUCUACAAUGGGUGCCCCCAAAGGCAAGACGACCUGCCUGCUUCCUAGAGGGAGGCAUUUCCAAAAAGUCUCUUGCUUUUCAUCAGCUAAGUAAUGGGAAGCAGUGGUAGGUUACAAAAUAAAUUAAAGUGGUAUCCUGGAAGCAAAGCUAGGGAAAAUCUGUCUCAUAGCUAGAUAGGUGUGCUAACCAUUCUACUAAGACCUUUUCAGAUAUGGGAGUGACUCAGGAAUGUCAGUUUGCAUUUGGCACAGGGGAAGUGACCCGGGCACCUAGUCUUGCCAAUGCACUUAAAAAUUUGAAGUAUUCAUUCUUGUGUAGGAGGCUGGUGCCUUUGAAUUUUGGGAUUCUGCUAUGAAAAACAGUAGCAGGUGCCAGAUUGGAACUACUUUUUUUUUUCCAGGCCCUUGAAUGGGUCAUCAAUAUAAUGGCCCAGAAUUUGUUGUUGUUGAGAAAACAUGGUUGUUGUUGUUGUUUAGUCGUUUAGUCGUGUCCGACUCUUCGUGACCCCAUAGACCAGAGCACGCCAGGCACUCCUGUCUUCCACUGCCUCCCGCAGUUUGGUCAAACUCAUGCUACUGGCUUCAAGAACAUUGUCCAACCAUCUCGUCCUCUGCCGUCCCCUUCUCCUUAUGCCCUCCAUCUUUCCAAACAUCAGGGUCUUUUCCAGGGAGCAGUGGCAUAGCGUGGGGGGUGCAGGGGGGGCCGGGCGCACCGGGCGCAACAUCUGGGGGUUAGAGUUAGGGGGCGCAAAUCCACAGGUUAGGAGGCGCAAAUCCACGGGUUAGGGGGUGCAAAUUAUUUGCCUUGCCCCGGGUGCUGAUAACCCAUGCUACGCCACUGCCAGGGAGUCUUCUCUUCUCAUGAGGUGGCCAAAGUAUUGGAGCCUCAGCUUCAGGAUCUGUCCUUCCAGUGAGCACUCAGGGCUGAUUUCCUUAAGAAUGGAUAGGUUUGAUCUUCUUGCAGUCCAUGGGACUCUCAAGAGUCUCCUCCAGCACCAUAAUUCAAAAGCAUCAAUUCUUCGGUGAUCAGCCUUCUUGAUGGUCCAGCUCUCACUUCCAUACAUCACUACUGGGAAAACCAUAGCUUUAACUAUACGGACCUUUGUUGGCAAGAUGAUGUCUCUGCUUUUUAAGAUGCUGUCUAGGUUUGUCAUUGCUUUUCUCCCAAGAAGCAGGUGUCUUUUAAUUUUGUGGCUCCUGUCACCAUCUGCAGUGAUCAUGGAGCCCAACAAAGUAAAAUCUCUCACUGCCUCCAUUUCUUCCCCUUCUAUUUGCCAGGAGGUGAUGGGCCCAGUGGCCAUGAUCUUCGUUUUUUUUAUGUUGAGCUUCAGACCAUAUUUUGUGCUCUCCUCUUUCACCCUCAUUAAAAGGUUCUUUAAUUCCUCCUCACUUUCUGCCAUCACGGUUGUGUCAACUGCAUAUUUGAGGUUGUUGAUAUUUCUUUCAGCAAUCUUAAUUCCAGCUUGGGAUUCAUCCAGCCCAGCCUUUCACAUGAUGAAUUCUGCAUAUAAGUUAAAUAAGCAGGGAGACAAUAUCCAGCCUUGUCAUACUCCUUUCCCAAUUUUGAACUAAUCAGUUGUUCCAUAUCCACUUCUAACUGUAGCUUCCUGUCUCACAUAGAAAACAUUAUGUCUCUUUAAUUCUUUCUUCCAAGGGUCAUGAUACCACUGCUGCUGCAAUGAACUGGUGUAUUUACUUGCUUGCUCGUUAUCCAGAAGCCCAAAGAAAAGUUCACCGUGAACUGGAUGAUGUUUUUGGUGAGUUUCCCUUUCCCGUGGGUAUAAACUUGGACAAGUGUGGGAUGCAGGUUUAUUUCUAGGUAAGUGCUCAUAAAUAUCACAUAGCUUUUCUAACACCGAGUUGGGGAACCUCAGGCCCACAAAUACAGAUCCCAGUUUGGAUCUUUGCAGCUCCAAUGUGGUCAGACCGUGUGCUAGCAGAAAGGACGACAUGCUGACUUACACCCUAAGCCUAAAGCACAGAAAUGAAUUAGUGGACCCAAACUGUUCCCAGCUCCAUCAACAUGUAAAAUGGUUGUUAGACCAUCAAGUUAAGGAUGCAUAUUUUGCUAGUUAUAAAUAAGUUGUGUCAGUGGCGUAGCGUGGGUUGUCAGCACCCGGGGCAAGGCAAGUAAUUUGCGCCCCCUAACCCGUGGAUUUGCGCCCCCUAACCCUAACCCCCAGAUGUUGCGCCCGGUGCGGCCGGCCCCCCCUGCACCCCCCACGCUACGCCACUGAGUUGUGUUUCUCUAACCGCCUCUUGUUAUCUUAUCAGGGGACUCGGAUCGUAACAUCACAAUGGACGAUUUGAAGCAACUACGGUAUCUGGAUUGUGCUAUUAAAGAAGCUCUUCGCCUUUUCCCUUCUGUUCCAUUUUUUGCUCGUACACUGCUUGAGGAAUGUUAUAUUAGUAAGUAGCCCAAGUGGCUUGAUGGCUCGAUGCGCUGUGGCUGUAAGCUCAGUGUUGGGUGGCUCUACAAGAAGAAACUUUCAUGACUAUCUGUUCUUUGGCAGGAGGAUAUCGGAUACCAAAAGGGGUUGAGGCCAUCAUUGUGGCCUAUGCACUGCAUAGAGACCCUGAAGUCUUCCCAGAGCCUGAGGAAUUCAGACCUGAGCGAUUUUCCCCUGAGAACGCAGCUGGGAGGCACCCAUAUGCAUAUGUGCCUUUCUCUGCUGGGCCCAGGAAUUGUAUUGGUACGUAUAAGAAUAAAUAAAGAAUAAAAAAGAGAGCAAAAAAGGAUAAAAAAGAGUAAAAACAUCAACUCUCGGCACCCUUAAGGAACCACAGUUCGCAGGAUUCUUUGGGGAAGCCAUGACUGUUAGCAAUAUUAUAGUGUUUAAAAUGUAUAGUGCAGAUGUACCUAGAACUAAAGAUUAUUUGUACACCAUUUAUCCACCCCUUCCAGUUUUUCACUCAAUCCUACCAGUGGCUGUAAGUCCACCACCAUCUGUAUAACUAUAAAAGUGUUUAAGAAUUUAAAAAUGAACCUGAGAACCUACCGUAUUUUUCUCUCUAUAACACGCAGAUUUUUUCUCCUAAAAAGGAAGGGGAAAUGUCUGUGCGUGUUAUUGAGCGAAUGUGUGGUCCCUGGAGCUGACUAGGGCGAGCGCAGGAACAAAAAUCAGGCAAAAAUCAAAUCGCGUGUCAGAGAAGGGAAACCUGAAAAGAGGAAGUUGCUGCUUUCCUGCAUUCUGCCUCAGGGUCUUACUGCCCACCCGCUUGUGUUUCGUUGCUGUGUUUGCUCAAACGGAACAAAGAGCAGGCAAAUCCCCUCCCCUCCAGGCAAGCAGAGGGGAAAGCAGAGCGUCCUUCCUUCUAAUUCCUCUCCCUGCUCCUCGCAGGCAGCCAGAAAACAUGCAGGUGGGAGAGAGGGAGAGAGAGAGGGAGAGAGAGAGGGCUGGCUUGGGUGGGUGGGGGGACUUUUGCCUUUCUUUCCUCCCUCCCAUUAAAUCCCUCUCCUGCAUUCUUAUGCUCCUUGUCCCUUCUGUGUUUUUCCUUCCCUCCCCACUUAAAAUGUAGUUACAAAGCAUGGAUCCACAUGGAUCCUCAGGAUCUCUGCAUUGGGUCACCCCAAAUUCAUCAUCAGAUCACAUGUCUGUGGCCACAGCAUGAAGCACAAAAAUGAUACAUCCACUGUUUCAUUCAGAAUUCCCCCCCCCCUUGGUUUCCUCCUCUAAAAACGAUGUGCGUGUUAUGGUCAGGUGCGUGUUAGAGAGCGAAAAAUACGGUACCUCUGUGUCACAUGGCUCAUACUGAAUAAUAAUAAAUAUGUAUUAUUGCUCUGGUUAAUUGUGUCUUGUCAUUGCUUUCCAACCCCUAUGCAGGUCAGCGCUUUGCACAGAUGGAAGAAAAGGCUAUUUUAGCCACCAUUCUACGGCGCUUUCGUGUUGAAAGUACGCAGCAACGCGAUCAACUCGGCACUGUAGGAGAACUGAUUCUUCGUCCAAAUAAAGGCAUCUGGAUUCAGUUGAAAAGGAGAUCGACUUCCUGCUCUUAA